AUGCGUCUCAUCGUCCGCCAAGACUACGACGAAGUAUCUUCUUAUUCUGCAUACUAUGUUAAAGAGCGUAUAAACCAAUUCGAGCCUACCAAAGAAAGACCGUUCGUUCUUGGUCUUCCAACUGGGUCAUCACCUAUUGGCGUCUACCACAAACUUGUCGAAUUUUAUGCUGCUGGAGAAGUUAGCUUUGAACACGUCGUUACAUUUAAUAUGGAUGAAUAUGUUGGUUUGCCAAGGAACCACCCGCAAUCUUACCGUACAUUCAUGUGGAAUCACCUCUUUAAACAUGUCGACAUUAAACUAGAGAAUGUCCAUAUUCUAGACGGAAAUGCCGAGAAUCUUGACGAAGAAUGUCGUAAAUUCGAAGCAGAGAUCGCUAAACUUGGUGGCAUAGAACUCUUCUUGGGAGGCAUUGGCCCAGAUGGACACAUUGCCUUUAACGAGCCUGGCUCUUCUCUCACAUCAAGGACACGUGUAAAGACCCUUGCCUACGAAACAAUUAUGGCCAAUGCACGAUUCUUUGGUGGAGAUGUGUCUCGCGUCCCUAAACUUGCAUUAACGGUUGGUGUAGCGACGGUUAUGGAUGCAAGAGAGGUUGUUAUCGUAAUCACUGGUGCACACAAAAGUCUUGCAUUAGCAAAGUGUAUUGAAGAGGGCGUAAAUCAUAUGUGGACUGUUUCUUCUAUUCAAAUGCACCCAAAAGGUCUGAUUGUCUGUGAUGAAGAUGCAACACUGGAGCUUCAUGUCAAGACUGUCAAAUACUUCAAGUCAAUUGAACAUACAGCUAAACGGAGAAGAAGGCUAAUGCUCCAGAGUCUGUUAAACAAUGACGAUGACGAUGGUAGUAAUGGGUCCACACUCUCUUCCUCUGAUGAGACUGAAGAUAUUGUCUCAAAACGAAAGCGUGCAUAA